CUUAAAAAAUCUGAUGGGGCUGGCCGAAACUUAUAUUAUCUCUCUUCUCGCUGCUGGUGGAGUGGGUGUCUCUCUUCUUCUCGCUGCUCCUGAAGUUGAUUCUCGUAUACGAUCGUUUCUCUCACUUUGCAUUUCUUUUUUGGUUUCUCUCUGUUCUUCCUCAAUGACGAGCCCCUCUCUGCCCUCAGCCGUUAUAUCCUCUCUCUCCACAAAACUACCCUCUCCCUCUCAUCCCCCGCAACAAAUCUCCCCACCAUUUUUCUACAAUCAAUUACAUCUCAAAACCUUUGUGUCAAACCCCACUUUUAUCCAGAAUCCACAAUUGGGAUUCACCAUGCAUGCUUCGAGGAGGGCCCCAAGCUUUAGGCAGGAAGCUGGAAUUGUGAGAGAACCAGUUGGGCACUAUGAGGAAGAAGAGGAAAUGGAAGAACAGGAGGAAGAGGAGGAUGAUAGGAGCUUGGAUCUUCUGGUUCGGUUUAUUCAAAAUGUGUUUCGGAAGAUCUCGAAAAGAGCUCGAAAGGCUGUGCGCUCAGUGUUGCCCAUAGCCAUUCCAACUAAACUGGUGGGUUUUUCAGUCAAUGGUGUCCUCAUAAUAGCCUUUCUCUGGGUUUUGAAGGCACUCCUUGAGGUUGUGUGCACACUUGGAAGUAUAGUGUUUGUAAGCAUCUUGUUCAUUCGGGGCACAUGGGCUGGUCUAUCCUACUUUCAAAACAAUCAUCCCACUCAUCGAUCUAAUGGAGGAUUAUAUGACGACGACAGUGCAUGGGAUGGUGUACAACCUGCUACUUGAUUCACUUCUUGUUGUUCAGAGAGAGAGAGAGAGAGAGAGAGAGAGAGAGGUUGUUUUGAAGUUUGUAAAAUUAUGUACUUGAAAGUUGAGCUACAAAACGAACAAUGCAUAGAGCUUUGUAGACAAAAGCCAGUCUUGGAGUCGAAUUGACUUAAUUAAAUGUGGAGAAAAAACCAAAUGCUCCUGAAGUAAUAAAAUGUACAUUUGCUCCCUAGGUAAAACUCUAACUAGGAGCAUUUACCAAGUUUUUGCAUGUAAACUAUUCAACCUAGAACGGCUUGAGUAUCCACCUUU